CAGCUAUCAAGUACCAGGCGAGCCAAAAAAUAGCUCCGGAGUAGUGUGCGACUGUCUGCAUAUUGUUUACAGGAUAUUUUGGAGCCGGGCACUAUUUACUGUGUCUGAGUCUCGGUGGCAGCCGUCAGUCCUCCGGGCAGAAGCCGUGGAAACAAAAGCCAUGUUGUUGUAGGGUGCCAGGCGGGGGCAGCCGGAGCAGCGGGCGCGGCGGCACACGGACCGCGACGGGCGCCCUUUGCAGAAGUCUCCGGCCUUCUCGGGAGCAAUGAAGUCUGAAGAAGACCCCGAAGAUGGCGAGAACAAGGCUGGGGGGGAUCCAAGCUAAGAGGAUGGCCCUGGUUGAAUGCAGGCGGGUGGGGAGGUUCUAGCCUGCAACCAGGGGCCUGCUCGGACUCCUGCUGGCGGCUUCCUGCUCUGUACCUGAAUGUCCGGUGCCUUGUUUGUUCUAGCAGCAGUGACUUGGGAGCCCUAGGAUGAGUCGCUGGUUUUCCUGUGCCCUGAAAAACACACUGACUGCAGACUGGAAUAAGUACGAUGACCGGUUAAUGAAGGCAGCGGAACGGGGCGAUGUGGAGAAGAUUGCCUCUGUCCUUUCGAAGAAGGGGGCGAACCCCGCCAAACUGGAUGUGGAAGGGAGAUCAGCAUUCCACGUCGUCGCCUCAAAAGGAAAUCUUGACUGUCUGAACACCAUCCUUGUCCAUGGAGUUGACCUUGUAGCAGCUGAUGCUGCAGGAAGGAAUGCUCUGCACUUGGCUGCGAAAUAUGGCCAUGCUCUCUGUCUGCAAAAGCUGUUGCAGUACAACUGCCCAACAGAAAACACGGACCUGCAGGGCCGAACUGCUCUGCACGAUGCAGCCAUGUCCGACUGUCCUUCCAGCAUCCAGCUUCUGUGUGAUCAUGGAGCCGCUGUGAAUGCCAGGGACUCCGAUGGAAGGACACCGCUGGUGCUGGCCACUCAGAUGUGCCGUCCAGUAAUAUGUCAGCUCCUACUUGACAGAGGUGCUGAUGUAAAUGCGAGAGACAAGCAGAACCGGACUGCUCUGAUGUUAGGCUGCGAAUACGGCUGCAAGGAUGCUGUGGAAGUGUUGCUCAGGAGCGGUGCCAAUAUCACGUUGGUUGAUGCCCUCGGUCACGACUGUUCUUACUACGCACGGAUUGGCGACAGUGUGGACAUUUUGCAGCUGAUAAAAAGUGCCUUUGAGGAGUCCAGCAAGAUGGGUCACGAGGUGAUGAAGAAGGGGCAGCCUAUAGGAAAGGUGACCAACAUGCUGCCAAAAUGGAGUCUGCCCAGUGCCCCGGAGGAAGCGGGCUUCAAGCCAUAUCAGAAGGAACACCGUAAUGUACAGGUAAGAUGA